CGUGUACACAUAUACACAAAGACACAGUGACAAGGAAGAGUUCUUUGUGAAAUUUAUAAACUUUUGCUAAGCGCAGCUGAACCGGAAUUCACUUUCUCACGCUGAUUGUGAAGAGUUGUUAUUUCUCCAUUAGUUUCAUGUGGGGAAGAAGAGAGGCUAUUUGAAACAAACGCGAAAUAGUUGAAAAACAUUGUUCUCAUCGUUGUCAUCAUGAAGUUGCGUGUGGCGCUAUUUUUCGCCGGGCUCUUUGGUGCACUGGCAACACUAUUUAUUCUCUUGUCAUUUGGCACGGAUUAUUGGCUCCUGGCGUCAGAGACCUGCAAACCACAUAGAGUGUCUAUUUUGGAGAAAGGUAAAACUGUGGUCAACCAGGAUCUUAGUCAAGAUGAGAACAUCACCUUUCACCAUGAGGGGCUCUUUUGGCGUUGUAGCUUCGAUGACAUAAUGAGCAAGGACGACGACCUGUGGAAGUUCUGGUUCGAAAAUCAGGCACAUGCAAAAGUAUGCAAACCUUCAUAUCUGCUUCCCUUUCCUUUCCCUGACCAGAACUACAACUCCACUAGUUAUCAGACCGCCAUAAUCUACAGAGGUUUCUGGAGUGUCUCGAUGUUGCUAGGUGUGGUCGCUGUGGUGGCGGGCGGUUUCAUCAUCAUUUGUGCAGCUCCAUUUACCAGUCAUCGUCUUUAUAAAGCAGGAGGUGGCCUCUACCUCAUUUCUGGUUUCUUCCUUCUCAUUGUGACUGUCAUGUAUGUUAUCUGGCUGGAUGUUCUGGAUGUAAUGAGCUCAUAUGUGCAUUAUCAGACCAAUACUAAGUGUCAAGAGUUUAAGCUCAGUAUGACCUAUGGUCUCUCUUUCAUGCUUGCUCCGGUUGGUGUGUUCUUCUGUUUACUGUCUGGUCUUCUCUUUCUAGCCAUAGGGCGUACUGUCAAACAAAAUGACCUCUGAACCACAUGCUGACAAUAUAUAGAAAAAGAGGAAUGAUGUUGUAUGUUCAAAAUACAUUGACAUAUCCACCACAAAAGUAAAACUGGCCUCUUAAUAGUUAUCGAUUAAACCUUUGAGAAUGCAAUGGCAAUGAUAUGUAUUGAGUUUAAGAUUUGAUCUGAAUUUGGCUUUGAAUUCUGCAAAUGUUGUUUUGAUACGUUGUUGCUGUUUUGUGGGUUGUGAGCAGUACUGUCAGCAUGGAUCGCGGAUGGUUUGGGAUCACAUGUGAGUGUUUGUGUAAGUGUGAUUGUAUUGCACAAAGAGUUACACUGUGUUAAAUGUCUUUUAUGAACCGCUGCAUUUUGUAUAAUGCCAGAAUUGGAACCACAUAAUGAAAUGACUUUAUUGUGGCUGCUUGAACUUUCAGUAUAUUGAGUUUUCACUUUGCUUCACUCUGCGUCUAAAUUUGUCUGUUUCUGGUUAUUUUUAGGCUUGAGCAUCGUUGUUUGAUAUACUCGGUUAACCAGAAACACUGCAGGACACACGUAUUGGUUGUUUUGGUUGAAAAUCACAAAUUCUGUCAAAACACAACCUGAUAUUUGAGUCUCUCAGUCUGAGAUUUGCUGGGAUAAGCUCCAGUAUUCCUUGUGCAUAGUAUAAACAUAAUAAAAGAUGAAUGGAUAUUUUAACCCAAACACAAAAGGUAGAAAUUGUAAACUUUAUUUUGCUUACAGAAAGUCAAUCCCAUUAUUAGAACCAUUCAUAGUUUUUGCAUUGUAUUUUUUAUUGUAGUAAUUAUUAAAUGCAUAAAUAAAAUUCUAAUAUAUUUAUACAUUUUAUAGGGGUAUUUGUUGUUAUACUUCCUCAAGUUUGUCAAUUUGAAAUAAAAAUGAUCACAUUGAA